AUGGGUAGACUUCGCUAUACAUUGGGGCCAUUUCGGUCCAGUAUACAUGACAAGGACUCCCAACUAAAUGUUUUUGUCUCCAACAAACAUUUCCAAAUCGAAUUGAAAGCCGCAAACUUUGAGAAGUCACCGACACUUCUGGCCGAUUACCUCCAGUAUCUUGAACAUUUAGAACCUGAUUAUCUGCCUGAAUCAGAUGAAGAACUUGACUCGGACCCUCUUGAAGAGCUGGCUGAAUGGGCAUUGGAAUGUUUUCUCCCGAUCCUUCGAGGGAUUCCACCUUUGGAUAUACACCGGAAAUACACUCUCCAUGAUUGUCUAUUUCCAGAAGUUUUCCAUUACUCACUAGGUGUCCAUCAGGACAAGUUGUCACCUAUCUUCCUUGACAAGGUUGGAGAGAAGCGGUUUCUCGGCGCUCUUCUCCCAGAGCAACUGGAUUAUUCUACAUUCCCAAUUUAUCGCUCUGAUCAAAUCGAAAUUUCAAUACCAGAUGAGAGCAAUAGCUUGCCAGCGGUUCCGCGAAAAGUAUACAUCCAGGAGCAACAUAACCAAGUCGCUUUCUUGAAAUCAGUGAGCGCCGGGGAUGUGAACAGCACAUGCAGAGAACUCAGCGCAUACACAAAAAUACAAUCGGCCUUAUUUUCCAAGCCUAUCUACGCAAGUCGGCUACUUGGAAUUGUUCGUAUUCCUUCCUCGGGCCGAAUUGUCGGUCUACUUCUCUCAUAUAUUGAGUUUAAGGAUAAUACAAGUGAUUAUACAACCUUGCUUUGUGUGGGAAAAGGCCCCCAAUAUGUCUCAAUGAGGCAGAAAUGGCUAAGCCAGAUCACCCAGUCUAUAGAGGGGCUCCAUGCGUGUGGUGCUGUCUGGGGAGAUGCCAAACCUGAUAAUGUUCUGAUAGAUACGCAAUUGGAUGCGUAUCUUAUUGAUUUUGGUGGAGGCUACACCAGGGGCUGGGUGGAUAAGGAAUUAGCAAAUACCGCUGAAGGCGAUCUCCAAGGUCUGAAAAGAAUCUCCGAGUUUCUUGAAUAA